AAAAUAUUCUUUAUGAUGUCUUUUCAGUAUUAGUAAGUGUAGUAUGUUUAAAAAUUGUUAGCAAAUAGUUUACCAAAAACAAACAAACAAACAAAAAUCAGCCCACAGAAUCAGAUAAAAUGUUUCAGAUAUGGUGGAUGCUUGCUCACUUUAUAAGUGCUUAAGAUGGAUAUUUAUACCAUGACUUGUGAGAAACUAUUGGCUGUGGGCUGUGAGAAAUAGCACCAAGACUAUGUAAUUGAAGAGGAAGUGCCUCCCACUGAUUCGGUGGAUCCUGUUUAAUUUUUAUAGUAAUUACAUAGAGUAAUAUUUUGUCUUCCCAUUGAACUAUACUUUUGACAGAUUAUACUUCAUUUCACUUCAAACCCUAACUUUAUGUUCGCCUAAAAAGUGUGAAGGUAGACGUUUCCAAGAAAAUAGCCUUAGAAUUGUUCUGAGUAUUCAUUAAUAUAAAAAUAUUGAACUUUGAGAAUUUUAAAAGAAAGUGAAAAAUUACCUUAAAUGACAUUAUGCUGAUGUUACAUAUGCUCUUUCUCUUUGACUUAAAAUACUAUUUCAGCCAUCCAUGUAUUAAACAUUUUGAAAUAGCUAUAGUAGUAGUGAUGAUAGUUAUUUUUCUCUAGAACUCAGCCUCUUCACAGAUGAUUUUGUGUUCUGAGUUAAACAAGUUCAAUGGCAUAAAUAAGUCUAAAUGAAAAAACGGUUUGAAAGUAGUAUUUACCUUUUUAAUUCUGAUAGCUCGGUUUUUAUAGUAUUGUUAUAUGCUUCAAGGAAGCCAAAUAAAUUUUCAUUUUGGUGCAGUGAGUUUAUUUCUCAUUGUCGAGCAGAACAUCUUUCUUGUAGUGCUCAAUAAAUAUUUGACCAGGUGUCUUAGAAAUUUAUUACAAAUGCUGAGUAUUAUAAAAGAAUUGGAGUUAGGGCAUGCAGGUUGCCAUUUGUGUGAAAAAUAUGUCUCUUGUGUCAAAAGGAAUUUUAGGUCUUUUUGUUUAAAGGAAUUAAAAUUGGGUUGGGUUUUCUUUUGCACUUCUGUUCUUAUGUCAUAAUUAAUUACAAUGAGCUAUCUAGGAAAUUGUAUCUUAAUUUUAAGUAUUUUAGGAGUUGACAUCUAAUUUUAACUUUUAAAAUAAAAGUGCUAUUUUUCCUUAACUUUGGGAGUCUGUCUUGAAGAGCAUAAGAGCUUCAGGAAGCUGCCUUUUUCUUUUAUUAGGAGAAGUUUACAAAUAAAUACUGCAUUUAAGAUGUUCAGGAAGCUUGUGAGUUGACUUACUUCAUUUGUUACCAGGAUGAUUAAUUCUUCUUUUGCUUUGAUAAGAAAUGGUACUCUAAAAGAGAGCCCUAGAGUUUUGAGUACAACUUUGAGUUAAAAAAAAAAAAAAAGUAGAUACUGUAUAUAUCUGUUCUGGUUAUAAUAUGCUUAUGACUUUUAAGGUUCAUGGGUGGAAAAUAUUUAUUUUUGACUGCUUAAUGUUAAUUUUAAGAAGAUCAACUCUUUUAUUUAAAAGCUAUAUAUUAUCAGUCAUUCUAUAGAAUUAUUUUUAUUUAACAGCUUUAAUAGAAAAAUUAAAGAGAAAAAUUUGAUAUUUAAUGAUACUUUCCCGGGAGGGGGAAGAAAAGAAACUCAAUAAACAGGCUUUCCCCUUCUUAAUCAUCUUUUAUUAUUGGUUUAGGGCACAAACUACUCAAAAUAUUUAAUCUCAGAAAUUUUCUGAAAUCUGAAUUGAACUGAUAUAUGGAUAUAUAAGAUUCAAAUUUUUUAUCUUGAUGCUUUAGUUUUUCCCUGUUGAUAAAUUUCAAAUUCUAAUUUCUAACAAGGAGAAGGAGCUUGACAAUCAGGGAUUUAAAGAGAUCUAACUGAUUAGUCUGUUGUCGCCACUGACAGGCUGUUGGCAAGUGAAGUUUACCUGGUGGAGUGUUAAGUCCCUCCUCCUCUUGUAACUGAUUAGAACUGCUUGCUUAAGGUUGUUUGUUGGGUUAAUGGGAGUAUGGAUAUUAAGAUUACUUAAUAAGAUUUAGUAAUGAUGUGAUGUUACAUUUCUAAAACAAAGACAUUAAUUUUGAUAUUAUGUGCAUCAUUUUUUUAGACCUCCUUAGCUACAUAUUUUGCUCAAGAAACUUUUGGGAAACAGUACAAACAAACUGUAGGACUGGAUUUCUUUUUGAGAAGGAUAACAUUGCCAGGAAACGUGAAUGUUACUCUUCAAGUUUGGGACAUAGGAGGGCAGACAAUAGGAGGCAGGAUGCUGGAUAAAUACAUCUAUGGUGCACAGGGAAUUCUCUUGGUAUAUGAUAUUACAAAUUAUCAAAGCUUCGAGAAUUUAGAAGACUGGUAUACUGUGGUGAAGAAAGUGAGUGAGGAGUCGGAAACUCAGCCACUGGUUGCCUUGGUGGGCAAUAAAAUUGAUUUGGAGCAUAUGCGAACAGUAAAACCUGAAAAACACUUACGGUAUUGCCAGGAAAAUGGCUUUAGUAGCCACUUUGUCUCAGCAAAGACAGGAGACUCUGUCUUCCUGUGUUUUCAGAAAGUUGCUGCUGAAAUCCUUGGAAUCAAGUUAAACAAAGCAGAAAUAGAACAGUCACAGAGGGUGGUGAAGGCAGACAUUGUAAACUACAACCAGGAGCCCAUGUCAAGAGCUGUUAACCCUCCGAGAAGCUCCAUGUGUGCAGUUCAGUGAGCGCAGUGUCUCUGCUGCGGUGUGGCUGCCCUCGCCUCCGCGUGGCCCGAGGGCCUCUGGGAGCUGGCUUAUCAGUGGCCAUGCUGCAGCUCCGUUAACACUUUCCUCCUUUCCUCCCGGCGCCUCUUCACCACGGGCUCCUCACAGCUGCCGGGCCCCUCGGACCGGAAAGAAUGCGCUUCGGGACCACACACUUUGAAUUCAAAAUGGAAAGCCCAUUCUCUGGAAUUAGACUGCUUCAUUGAAAAAGAAUACUGUUGGUUCUCUUUAAUGUCCUCACUUCUUUUUUCCCAGAUGUCAAUUUUUUAAAACAAAUAGGGAAACUACCCAAGUCCUGGUCAUCAGCCAGGAUUUUGCCACAGCAUUUCAUUCUCUUACCUGAACUAUACAUGGCAAAAUGUGCUUCAGAGUGCAGACGCUUAAACAAGUAAUAUAUUUUAUCUACAGAUGCUAAAAAGGCGAUCUUUUGCUGUUUAUUGUGAGAAAAUAUAUAAAGCUGUAUCUAACUGCAAAUGCUUGAAAUAAAACUGUAAUAGAAAUAUUUUUUCCAUUUUGUGACAAAGGACCUAACUUGUUUGUAUUAUAGCUGCAGCUCACGGAGUGUGAGUAUCGCUGUUGUAUUUUAUCACUGUGUCUCGGUCAUUGCACAUUGCGGAAUACUCAUGUCCCAUGCUUCCCAAACUCUGGUGACUGUCCAGUGGGUGCUGCACGUGGACUUGCUCCUGCAGACGGCAUCGAGCGCUCCUGGGACGAGUUGUGACUGUUGUUGGCUCACUGUGGAUCAGGCCUGUACCUGAUGCUCAGGUGUUUUUCUCCUGCUAAUAAAUUUAUUUAAAUUA